AUGGCGAGCAUGGAGAGACAAUCAGACCAUUCGCCUUCAUCAGCUAACUCUAACCCCAGACAUUCAUCCCCGCGAUUGAGGCGGCCUAGAACGUGGGUUGGGUUGAGCCGUUGGUGGCUAUCCUCGGUGACCCAACAGCUACCUCGAUUCUCGUGCCUCGAAGCUGCCUGCGGACGAGCAGCUUUGUACACUAGACUGAGAAGCCAUUUAUUGAAUGUUUCGAACUCUACUGGGCCGGCUCACUCAGGUCUGGCUUCAGUCUGGAUGUACCGGCUUGAGUACACCGGUCCCGGUCCGGUUGUAGAAUUCGCGCACCAAAUUACACAUUCCUUCGAUGCAGCCGAACCGGAAGCGUGGGGCGACAUUUCCGGCCAAGAUCGGGAGAGGCUCCCAUCGUGCCACGAAGCGUACCUGAUCUCGCCUCAUCCUCACACCGACACUCUUGCAUGA